GACGCCGGACGCUGCAGACGCCAGCAGCGUGGCCCGGGCGGGCGGGGCGCUGAAGGUGAGUGUGCGCUUUUGAGCGGCGGCGGCUUGAGCUCGCGCGUCCGCAGUGAUGAGCUACGACCGCGCCAUCACCGUCUUCUCGCCCGACGGCCACCUCUUCCAAGUGGAGUACGCGCAGGAGGCGGUCAAGAAGGGCUCCACCGCGGUUGGUGUUCGAGGAAGGGACAUUGUUGUUCUUGGUGUGGAAAAGAAGUCGGUGGCCAAGCUACAAGAUGAAAGAACGGUCCGGAAAAUCUGUGCUCUGGACGAUAAUGUCUGCAUGGCCUUUGCAGGUCUCACUGCCGAUGCAAGGAUAGUCAUCAACAGAGCCAGGGUAGAGUGCCAGAGCCACCGGCUGACCGUGGAGGACCCAGUGACUGUGGAGUACAUCACCCGCUACAUUGCCAGUCUGAAGCAGCGUUACACACAGAGCAAUGGGCGCAGGCCAUUUGGUAUCUCUGCCCUAAUUGUGGGUUUCGACUUCGAUGGCACCCCCAGACUCUAUCAGACUGACCCCUCAGGCACAUACCAUGCUUGGAAGGCCAAUGCCAUAGGCCGGGGUGCCAAGUCGGUGCGUGAAUUUCUGGAGAAGAACUACACAGAUGAUGCCAUUGAAACAGACGAUCUGACCAUCAAACUGGUGAUCAAGGCGCUGCUGGAAGUGAGUGCACUCGGGACAACCCCCACCCCCACCCUGACAGGGCGGGCCUGCUGGGUGGCAGUGUGUUCUGUAUACAGGUGGACAGGCUUGCCUAGGGCAGAACAUGAGACGCAGUCUGAGCUUGCUCAGGUGACUGUCUUUCCUGAGGUGUGUUGCUAAAUUGUGGAAAUAGGAUGCAAGUAGGUUAAGCCAGAGUGAAUAGCUGGAAAUACAGGCCUUGAGUCCCAGUGGCCAUUGCUGCCUAUUGAAGAGUAGUUGUAGACUGGAGGUUACAUAGCCAUCUUGCUUGAGUAGGCCUGACCCAGCAGCAUUUGGGACAAUAGAUGUCCCAUUUCUAUGGUAGGUUUAGUCAUGAGCCAAAAUUUAGGUCCGUGUGAGGCCAGACACACCUCCACUCUUUUGCCUUCAAGGUGGUCCAGUCAGGUGGCAAAAACAUUGAACUUGCUGUCAUGAGGCGGGAUCAGCCCCUCAAGGUAAGCCUACUGUUGGGUGGGUGGAGAGGGCUCCUUACACCUUACCUCCUAUACCCAGUGUCAGUUACACAUCCGCAUGGACAUUGAUUUUUGCCUUAUUGAUGUCAUUUUCUUAGCCUGCAGGGCUGAAAUGCCUUGGAAAACCUCCUCCCCAGGCUGUGAUGUUUGCCUCUGAAGUUUAUUUUCUCACAGGCUAUUUCUUAUGGAUUAGCUUCUGGCCCUUGUCUAAAAACAUUCCCGCUCCUGUCUGACACCCCCUGCUGGUUCCUAGGUCAUGCCUUGUGCCUAGCUAGUGAGGCUCCACAGGGCUCUUUAGCCUCCCUCCCCGUGGUGCUGCACUUGUGUAGAGAUUGACCAUGGGUGUGCUUCUUGUGGGGUGGGUAGAUUCUAAGUCCUGAAGAAAUUGAGAAGUAUGUUGCUGAAAUCGAGAAGGAGAAAGAAGAAAAUGAAAAGAAGAAGCAGAAGAAAGCAUCUUGAGGGCAGCGGUCAGAGCAGCUUUGAGCCUCCAUCCGAGCAAACGGGUGCUGUGGGCCUUGUGGCCAUUUGUCGGAGUCCAAUAAACUACUACGUUUUUUAA